AUGUCAUUUUUGGUCGCACUUCAGUCGGCCAUCUUUUACAUUUGUGCGUGUACACCAUGCGCUCAAGCUAGGGAACACCGGCAUUCGAAAAAGCGGGCCAAGAAAGACCGGGAAGAGAAGCGGCGAUUGGAGGAGGAGAUGCCGCAUAUAUACCGUCAUCCCGAUCCAUUCCAUACGAACCCUUUCUGGGCCGAAGAAAUCAACACUGGGCCGAGCCUGCCGACGAAAAAGUCUAGCGGAGGAAGCAAGAACACAAGUCAGCGAGCCCUCAACAGUGCUGGUAGAGACAGCCGAAGCAUGGCGGCCAGUAGUAUAGCCAUUACUAGUAUCAAUCCAGGGAGCAGUCCCACAGUUGUGCCAGAAGAUGGCGAGUUAAGCCUCUUCAAAACCAUGUCUAUGGACCUGUCUGAGGAUUGGAACAAGAAACGGUACCAGCGUGAGGACGAGGAGCUUUGGGGUCGCGAGUUCUCCUGGACAGGUAACAAGCUCAUGGAUGCCAUCAAGGAGGCUGGCUCGGCUGCAGGGCGUAUUAUAGACGCUACCCUAGGAAAAGAGCCGAAAUCUGUGACCGAGGAGGACAGGCAUAACUUUUACUCGACCGUCCGGGUUCCACCAGUCAACGAAUACCACCCGCCAGUUGUCAGUCAACGACCGAAAGAUAGGAACGCUGCCAAGUGGAUGUUGCAGCCGCCGCCUCCGGCUAAAGUGAUGGAGGGAAAGAUUCCCGUGAGCCGGAGCACGAGUUUGGCAAGCCAGGCGAGCAGACGGACGAUGGGGAGUGAUGGCCCGGCACUGGGAAGAUUAGUGCACGAGAAAAUGGUGGCAGAUAAAAUACGCAAGGGGGAAAUGCCCUCGGAGCAGGAAUUGGCUGCGGCAUCGAACAGGCCAUCUACAGGCAGGAGAAAUACCUCCCUGAGC